CAAUAAUAGAAAGGUCUUGGCGACCCAUCGUAUCCACUUAAGGGUUGUGAUAAGAUUAGGAGGACAGGAGGAGUACCCAAAUAAGGAAUUGAAAAGAGAUUGUAAGGGCUUAUUAGGGUUUAAGGGGGUAGGCUUCGCGGCGGCAGACGAAGGAAAGAGCCAGUGUAGUCGAAUCCAUGGAUGAUGAGAAUGGAAAGACACGAAAGAGGAAGGGGCCAUGUCAUGCCACAGAAAGCAGUGGCUUCGAUCUGGAGGAGCCAAUGGGAUUUGCCUUGAAGAAAAUUGGUGCUGGCUUGGCCAACCUUGGCAAUACAUGUUUUCUGAAUUCGGUUCUACAAUGCCUUACUUACACAGAACCCCUCGCCGCUUACUUGCAAAGCGGCAGGCACAAGAUUGCUUGCCGCGCCUCUGGAUUCUGCGCUAUGUGUGCAAUACAAAACCAUGUAAUGAAUGCUCUGUCAUCAAGUGGCAAGAUUUUGUCACCUUCUCAUCUUGUGAAGCAUCUGCCCUGCAUAUCUCGCAGCUUCCGCAUAUCCAGACAAGAAGAUGCUCAUGAAUACAUGGUAAUGCUUAUGGAAUCCAUGCACAGAUGUUCUCUUCCUUCAGGGAUAGUGAGUGAGUCUCCAAGUGCAUAUGAAAAAAGUUUGGUACAUAAAAUUUUUGGUGGCCGUCUCAGGAGCCAGGUCAAAUGCAGACAAUGUUCACAUUGCUCAAAUACAUAUGAACCUUUCUUAGAUUUGAGUCUGGAAAUUUCUCAAUCCGAUUCUUUGUUAAAGAUGCUGUCCAAUUUUACUGCAGUAGAACAACUAGAAGGAGGAGAGAAAAUAUAUGAAUGUGAACGAUGUAAAGUAAAAGUUCAGGCUGUAAAACAGUUCACAGUAGAUAAGGUUCCACAUGUUCUUGCAAUUCAUCUCAAGCGGUUUGAUUCAAUGGGAGGAAAAAUCAAUAAGAAAGUUGAGUUUGGACGUACAUUAAACAUGAAGCCCUUUGUUAGUGGUCAACAGGAAGGAAGUUUCAACUACACACUUUAUGGCGUCCUGGUGCAUGCUGGCAGGAGUACAUAUAGUGGUCAUUAUUACUGCUUCAUUCGUACAUCAACCGGCAACUGGCAUGCUUUAGAUGAUAAUAGGGUCUAUAAAGUGAAUGAGCAAGUUGUGUUAGAGCAGAAGGCUUACAUGCUGUUCUAUGUGCGUGAUAAACAGACAAUAAAUCAACUGUCAGUCAAUUCAAAGCAUCAAGGCAAAGAGCUCAAGCAUAAUAAAUCAACAUCAUUGAAUGCCACAUUUAAAAUGGAAAGUCCUUUAUCUGUUUCUUCAGUUCAGUCAAUCCCAAAAAUGUCAUCUUGUUUGAAUUCUAAUGGCACUACAGUUUCGCGGAAGGUGGAUAGAGUUCUAAGGAAGGAAACCAUGUUAGAUGACUAUUCUGCUUGUAAAGGUGCAGAAGCUGGGCAGAAUGUUAACAUUCAUUCUUUGCCAAAGCUUCCUUUGGUUUCGAACUCAGAUAUGUUGGAAAAUGAUGGUGAGUCACAAGGUACUGCAAUCAUGGUGAAUUCCAGUGCGAAUGAUCCUGUCACUUAUGUUGACUGUAACAUGGGUAAGGAUUUGGAGAAUGAUACAGCUGAUAAUGGAGAGAAAACUUCUACACAUUUGGGGAAAGCUAUUGCUGAUGAUCAGCAUGAGAUUGUGAAAAACUUGGGUAAUGAUGAUAUAAUUGACCAUGCACAUAGUAAUGGACAUUCAGCUGUAGAAAACUUAAUGAAUGGUGACAAAUUUGUUGUUGCUGCUGCUAAAGUGCCCCAGGUUACUAAGAUUCCUGGGGAAGUUCAUAUGAACCAUCAUGUGACUGUCAGAGAGGGCAAUGAUGCUCAGGCUUCAAUUUCAGGAGAUAUAUUGAACCACAGAAAUGGUACUGCUUUGCCCCUGAAGGAAAAUUUUGAUGGAGUCCCACGUAAGAUUGAAAUUUUGGAUUUUUCUAAAACGAUCAAGGAAAGCAACAAUUCACUUCAAAAGCAGGAUUCAAUCUGUCAUUUGCAUGAUAAAAGAUUUAAAUUUCAGAGACUUGUUGGGUACUCAAAGCUUGCCAUGCCAUUGUCAAGGCGCUUCCUACUUCAUACAGCUCUUGGUAUUUCUAGAAAUAAGAGAUUGUUUAAAAGGAAGAAACAAUCUCAUCUCCAGUACAAUAACUUGCCUUGCAGUACUUCAUCUGGUAGCACUGUUAAAUCUGCCAACAGUUUAGCUCAUUUGCAGAAUGCAGUAGUUGAAAGAGGAUCUAAAACUGAUGGGCAACACAUAAUGUCAACUGAAAAUUGCUUCCUUAAUUCUUUUGAGCUCAACCAAAACCAUGAGUCAAUGAUUUCAUCUGUCCAGAAUGGCUCUGCAUUCACUAAAAUUGAGGAAACUCACUUGGAAUCCCAUUUGCUUUCUGGAAGUGCUCAAACUAGUUCUAGACAGAUUUGUUCACAACAUAGUGUGUGCAAGCGGAGGAAUCCUAAACAUAAUGCUGAACAACCAUUUAGUGGAACUUGUGUUGGAAUAUCCAACGAUCAGACUUCUACAUGCAAUGUUAAUGAUUGUGGGCAAUCUUCAGUUUUAUUGGAUUCAUUGCAACAUGGAAAUGUUCCUACUUGCAACUUGAGCACACGCAAUGAAAGAAACCCUGUUAAAUUUUGUGUGAAUUCUGCCUCUUCAAAUAUUCAAGAUCAAUGUGGGCAACGCAGGGAAACUGUCCCAAAAAAUGCAAUCUUGUAUAAGACCUCUUUGGAGUCAGACAGGGCAGAGAUCGACAGAUUCCCAUAUGAAAAAGAAGCGCGUUUUGGUUAUAUCAUGGAUGGCUGGGCUGAAGAGUACGACUCUAGCAAGAACAAAAGGGUGAAGCUAUGUGUAGAUGGAAAUGCCAUUAUUUAUGAUAAUAAAAGACAAGUUGAUGAGUGCAAUAAUUCUUUUCAGGCCGUAGUUGCAAGUCGCAAAGUGAAAAUCAGAAAAUUGAGUAGAAGAAAUAUUGCUACUACUGGAAACAAGCCAAGCUAGACUGCGAAAAGACAACAAGUGUACUAAUUCCAGCACAAUGUGCUGUGUUGUAACGUAUCUUUUUUCCCUUAGAUUUUUUCUGAUGGCAAAUUGCCUUCUAUAGUAUAUUAUAUUUCAAGCUUGAUGCACCAAGCACAUCGGAGAGGAUUGUAACAGGAGUAUCAUCGGGAGUAGUAUGACACAAUACAUUAGCAACAGAGAAUAAACAGGUUUAUCAUGGCAUAUGGUUUGCAAGCUGAUUUAUAUUUGAUCAGUAUCCUCAAAUUUUGAGGAAAAUUUUUGAGUUUGCGACUCAUUAUUGUUAGUUGAGUCCAGAUUCAAUCUGCAGAAUUUUGUUCUUGUUAUUUUGAGCGAGAGUAAAUGGAAGGAACAAUUUUUCAAGCUGAAUGUGACUCAGAUUACAUCAGCUUCCUACUUCAAACAUGCCAAUUC